AUGGGAGACAUUUAUAGUUUUAUACAGACAAGUGGUUCUGAUUUUGGAAUCAACUAUGGACAAAUAGCCAACAAUCUUCCCUCUCCAUCUCUAUCUCGCGUUGCUCCUCUCUCUGUCUCUUGCACUCAGUCCAGAGCUCCUGGUCCUCCCUCACUUGCGUCCAGCCACCGCCUGCUACUGCCGCCGUCGAAACUUCCAGCUUCGAAGAGGCACCGCCUGCUCCCUCACUUCCCCUCCAUCGCGCAGCCACCGUGCGAACGUGGAAGCCUCCGUCGCGCAGCCACUGUGCCGUCGGCGCCAUCUCUGUUCCACUGCCUGGUUGAAGGCCGUUCGAGCUGUCUUCUUCAGUAUCGCUGCUGUGCUUGGUCCUCGUCGAGCUUGAUUUGUCGUGGCGUCGUUGCUGCUGUGCUUCUGCUGACAGUCCUCCGCAUACUCCUCCUUUCGUCGGUGGCUGAGUUGCUUUCUGAUGACUCCCUUCCUCCGCCGCAAUCACUGCUUCUUCCCCGUGUUCCAGUAACCAUGAUUGCAGAAGAAAUUUCAAAUUUAAUAUUGGACAAACAAAUCGGAGAUUAUACUCUUAAUUACCUAGUUAAUGGUGGGCCCAAGAAAAAUGUGAAAAUACACAUUUUUGAUGCCGUCAUCAGCUCUUCAAAUCUUAAAACAACAUGCAAGGCGGUUAGAGUUCCUAACAACGAUGACGAUCUAAUGGGAUGCAUGCAGGAACGUUUUGAAUUGGCAUCCAGAAGUUUGGAGGGAUGUAUUCUCCCUCUCAUUCAGGGCUUAAGAUCAACAGUUUAGAUAUUUCUGUUACCAGAAUUAUGACAACAAUAUUCACAAUUUACAUGACAGAAGGGAUUUCGACGGACUUAAAAAGGCUUCGCGGGGUUUUGUAGUAGGACUGAUAAAACUUCAUGAAUCAAGACAAACCCAUGGUAAUAUAACCGAUUUCAACCUAGUAACAAGGAAAGGUGAGGGGUAUUUGGGCGGAAGCAUCGGAUUAGCUCUUUCAAAAACCGUUAUCAGAGGUGAACCCGGGGUUCAGUGGUAGUCCGUAGUCCUUACACGGAAGAUAUACUUAAUCUUGCAGGAGUACUCGCCAGUUGCUUGGACCAUAACUUUCUUCUUGAACUUAAAUUGUUUACCGAUUAUUUGAACUACCACCAAACAUUGUAAGUUUGUUCGAUCUUGUUCGGUCUUUUUUUUCUUUUAAAAAAUUUGAUGUAGGUGCUUUAAUAUUUCUAGUGUAACUACUAGGUAUCUUAUAUAAAGUGUUUUAAAAGAAAAAACAGACCGAACAAGAUCGAACAAACUUACAAUGUUUGGUGGUAGUUCAAAUAAUCUGAUAAACAAUUUAAGUUUAAGAAGAAAGUUAUGGUCCAAGCAACUGGCGAGCACUCCUGCAAGAUUAAGUAUAUCUUCUGUGUAAGGAUUAGGGACUACCACUGAACCCCGUUCACCUCUGAUAACGGUUUUUGAAAGAGCUGAUCCAAUGCUUCCGCCCAAAUACCUCUCACCGUUCCUUGUUAAUAGGUUGAAAUCGGUUAUAUUACCAUGUGUUUGUCUUGAUUCAUAAAGUUUCAUCAGUCUUACUACAAAACCCCGCGAAGCCUUUUUAAGUCUGCCGUAAUCCUUUCUGUCAUGUAAAUUGUGAAUAUUGUUGUCAUAAUUCUGGUAACAGAAAUAUCUAAACUGUUGAUCUUAAGUCCUGAAUGGGAGGGAGAAUACAUCCCUCCAACUAGUUCUUCUUGCUUUAAUAUGCUUUUACUAGACAUAUUAAUACGACUCCAAUGCCGCUAGGGUUAAGUUUUGCAGGAAUGUCUGGGUGCAUGGAGCCAAAGACCCUCAGAGUAGUACCAAGGAACGUUGUGAUCUUAUAAACAAGGUGCUCGAGGGUCUGUGACCUGGAUUUUCAUGUCUCGUGUAUGAGGUGGCAUGUCAAGGAAAGCUCGUCAAGAGAAUAUUUUAGUCGAUUUAAUUUCAUUGCCUGUUUGGACAUUUUUUUACCUUGUAGAGCAUUUUCAGAAUUUGCCGUAUAACUUGACAAGGUCUUUAUAAGAACAUUUGAAAUACUGGAAAUUAUAUUUGUAACUAUUAUUUUAGUGCUUUUGGUCUUUAAUGAUAGUAGUGAAGGUCUAGGGUUUAGGGUUUAGGGUUUUGGAAAUUAUAUUUGUAACUAUUAUUUUAGCAUUAAUUAAUAUCUCAACUGAUGGAAGUUUCAAAGGAA